AUGUCUAGCACCAAACACUGCUUGUUCGGGCUGCAGGUGGGCUGCAAGCGGGGGUGGAUGCUGGCUGGUACCACAGGUGAUGGUGGCAAAGAAGGACAUUUGCAGACUUCAGCUGGAGGUGGAGGCUUCGAGUGCACGGCAGAGACGGUAUAUGAGGCAUCGGCUUGGGCU